AUGCUCCCCUGCGAGUUGCACUUGGCAGGCACGACAAUCCAAGCCCUGCUGGACCACUUCGCAGAUGACUCAGACGCCGACAUUUCCGGCCUUCUAGAGAGCUCUGUACCAGGACAUUCUCCUGGUUCACAUUCGCUAUCUCUCCUGCUACUACAGUUCAGAGGGGAGCUCUCCAAGGCCUGCAAGAUCAAGGAAAACCACAUCCUCAUGAAUUCUAUCUAUGGCCGCUUUUUGCGGCCAGCUUCUCAAGUAACAACCUUGCUGAAAUCUCGCAGCAGUAUUGACACUCUGGAGUCAACAGGAACCAGCCUCGUAAGCAGCGUUCCUCCCAGUGGGGAGCGCCUAGGGGAGGAGGUUGUGGUGCGCUUCUUCGUCGUGCCCCAGAAGGAUGGGGAUGAUUUCACCAAUGUAGUCAACUCUCUGCGAGAUUCGUUGGCCAACAACAAGAGCAGCCUAAUGAGCGGAAAGCUUUCUGAGGUUGUCAAACAUGCCUCUCUCACGAUCGGCUACCAGGAUGUGACGGGAUUCACCAGCAUCCCAAUGGACAAGCUGUCCAACCUGGCACUGCCCUUUGCAAUCUCUGCAAUCUUCACAGGCAUUCUGAUCUGGCUGGCCGGGUAG